AUGGCCGACACAGCAGAACAAGUUGAGUUGGCGCCGGUCGCUGAGCAGGAGAACCAGGAAAUGGUAGUAGCGACAACAAAUAACGAAGUCGCGGCGCCCACCGGAAAGAAGGUCGUCAAGAAGAUUAUCCGCAAGAAGAAGCGACCUGCGCGAGCACAAGUCGAUCCCGAUUUCUUCACAACAGAGCCCCCUCCCCAGACCGGUACGAUCUUCAACAUCUGGUACAACAAGUGGUCUGGCGGUGAUAGAGAAGACAAGUAUCUAUCCAAGACCAAGGCUAAGAGUCGCUGCAACGUCUCAAAAGACAGUGGAUACACCAAGGCCGAUACGAUACCAGGAAGCUUUUUCUGCUUGCGCUUUGCGCGUGGAAUUUGCCCCAAGGGUCAAGACUGCGACUUUCUUCAUCGACUCCCCGGAACAUACGAUCAUUUCAACCCCAACGUCGACUGCUUCGGACGCGACAAGUUCUCCGACUACCGAGAUGAUAUGGGUGGUGUGGGAAGUUUCAUGAGGCAGAACCGAACAGUCUACGCGGGAAGGAUUCACGUUACCGAUGAUAUUGAAGAGAUCGUGGCGCGACAUUUCGCAGAAUGGGGUCCCGUCGAGCGCAUUCGUGUUCUCAACACCCGAGGUGUCGCGUUCGUCACAUACGUCAACCAGGCCAACGCCGAAUUCGCCAAAGAGGCCAUGGCGCAUCAGUCCCUCGACCACGAUGAGGUUCUCAACGUUCGAUGGGCAACUGCCGACCCUAAUCCCAUGGCGCAAGCGCGAGAGGCGCGUAAGAUUGAGGAGCAGGCUGCUGAUGCAAUCCGCAGAGCUCUCCCUGCAGAGUUCGUCGCCGAGAUCGAAGGCCGAGACCCAGAGGCUAGAAAGAGACGGAAGAUUGAGAGCAGUUAUGGUCUUGAGGGAUACGAGGCGCCUGACGAAAUCCACUUUGCUCGAGGAGCUCAGUCGGUCAAUCCUCUGGGACGAGAAGGUUUCGAAGUGGAAUACCAGGAACGACCGAUGAUUGAGAACGGAGAGGCCGGACAAGCCCAGGCGGAAGAGCACCAACCGCAGCAGGAAGUCGGUGGCAUCUUCUCAGGCAGUACUCUUGCGGCUCUCAACAAGGCCAAGGUGGCGGUGGCAUCGAAACCCAAGGCCGCGGCCUCAGCAGGGCCCCUGGUGGCAUACGAUAGCGACAGCGAUGAUGAAUAG